AUGGCAGCCCCAGUUCCAUUAAUCGUUGAAACGAGCAGAUUGUUAGGCGAUACAAAUGGUAAACCAUACCUAUUUAAAAGAAGCAGCAGCUCAAAAUUCAUGAACUGGCUGAGAAAUAAAUAUCCUCAUGGCAGAGAAAGUAAUGGGACAAUGUGUAAUAGUAAAGGCCAGCUUUUCAAUGCUCUUAAUCAUUUCAAGAAAUCUGAAAGAAAAUUUUACCAGGCUGAAAGCAAGCAGUUGAGCAGGGUCAUGACAUAUGGGACUCCAGAAAAUUGCUCAGUCGACCUUUUCUUCAUGAUUCUUUUGAAGGUGAUCCUGCAUUUCAAGUUAAAAAAGACAAAGAACAGAGAAAAACAAAAGAUCACAUGA